CCCGGCGGAGGGUCCCGAGGGCUCGAUCCGGGAGCGGCUCCCUACGGGAACUUCCCGAAUUAUUCCCGGUUCCACCCUCCCGAGGGCCGCGUCCGCCUCGUGCCCCCCGGGCUCCUCCAGACGCUGUUCCCCGAGGGCCCCCGCCCGCUGCUGGCGCUCGAUGUGGGCUGUAACUCCGGGGAGCUCAGCCUGGCCCUGUACCGGCACCUCCUGGGGCUCCGCGAGGGCGAUUCCCGCCCGGAUCCGGAGGCCGCCGGGAAGCAGCUCAACCUCCUGUGCUGCGACAUCGACCCGGAGCUGAUCCAGAGGGCCCGGCAGAGCAGCCCCUUCCCGGAAUCCGUGUCCUUCGUGCCCUUGGACAUCAUGGAUCCCGGCUCCAGGGACCCCUUCCUGAGCUCCCACCUGGAGCGCUUCGGCCGCUCCCGCUUCGACCUCAUCUCCUGCCUCUCCGUGACCAUGUGGAUCCACCUCCGGCACGGCGACGGGGGCCUGUGGGAAUUCCUGGCGUUCCUGGCCUCCCUGGGCUCCGUCCUGCUCCUGGAGCCGCAGCCCUGGAAGUGCUACCGGGCGGCGGCGCGGCGGCUCCGCAGGGCGGGACGGACGGACUUCGAGCACUUCCGCUCCCUCUCCAUCCGC